AUCAAGCAAAUGCUAAAUUCAAGAUGAAGAAUGGCGGCACCGCCUUGAGAGUUCUUGAAGCUGACUCUGCAAGCGAUUGUUCUAGCAGUUCGUUCUAGCAGGUAAGGAUAUUACUUCCUGCAAACAUGGCUGAACAUCCAGGUCAGGCAUCGAUGCCACCAUUUCCAAGCAGUACGGCAGGUGGUCAACCGGGCAAUCCACAGUCAGCGCAUUCUCUACCCGGAGGAUACCAUGCACAGACUUACCCAGGACAGGCACCGGGGGGCUGGGCAUACGGGGCCGGAAGUCAGCAACAGCAGUGGGCCGGCGCCGGAGCGUACAGUCAAGAGCAAGGCAUGUAUGGAGCUGUGCAAGGUCAGCAGCCAGUCAGCGUGGAAACCGAAUGGCAGAUCAAGGCCAGGCUGUGGAUGGAGCAGAAGGCAGCGGCGGAGGCGGCGGAGCGCGCGCGGGCGGAGGAGGCACAGAGGCGACAGGAGCAAGAACGAGCGGAGAAAGGGGAGGGGAAUGCGAUUGCGGAUGAAGAUAUGGCGAUCGAAGGCGGCGAUGGCGGCGGCGGUGGUUCAAACCAUCUCGCUAACCCAGAAACAAACCAGUUUCCCCCCCAGCAGCAGUAUGACUGGUACCAGGGGCAGCAGCAGCAGCCAGGCAACCAAGCCCAGUUCUGGGGGAGUGCCCAAGGGGGCGCAGAGGGUUUCCCUUACCAGGGUCAAGACUUUACGGGUCAGGGGCAGGGUGUUGUUAAGCAGGGGCAAACCUUCCCUUUCCAGAGCCAAGGCCUGGGUCCUCAGGGCCAAGUUAUGGCUAACCAGGGCCAGGGUCUAAUGAACCAAGGGCCGGGUUCGGUCAGCCAGGGACUAAAUCAAAGCCAGGGUUUUGUUAACCAGAGCCAGGGUCUCCCUAGUCAGAGUCAAGGGUUUCCUAAUCAGAGCCAGGGGUUCCCUAACCAGACCCAGGAUUUAGCAAACCAGGGCCAAGGUUUCCCCAUUCAAGGGGAGGGUCAACUGAACUUGGGGCAGGACUUUGCUAAUCAGGGUUUCGUCAAUCAGGGGCAAGGGUUUGGGACUCAGCCCCAAACCGAGUUUGGCUAUCAGCAGGGUUAUCAACAGGGUUUCCCUCAGCAGCAGUUCCCCAAUAAUGCUGGGAUGGGGCAGGUGCAGGGCUUUCAGGGUGGAGGCUUGCAGGGUUACAGGAUGGAGGGUUAUAAUAACCAGGGUCUGCCGUUUGGCCAAGUGUCCAACGUGCCUUCGUUUGCUGGGCAGAUCCAAACCGGUGGCUUCCCUGGAGGGCCCGGCUUUGGACCUGCCAUGGGAGCCCCCCCGUAUGGAAACAUGGGGUACCCCCCUGGGCCCGGCCUGCCCUUCAUGCAGCCUCCCCUGAUGCAAAUGGACGACGCUGGGGGGGCAGGUAGCCCUGGAGCCGGCAAGCCCAAGAAGGCCGCCGUUCCGUCCUGGCUCCUUGAAGAGCUCCGCAAGAAGCAGGCCAAGGCUGCAGCAGAGGCGGAAGACGGAGCGAAGGCAGGGCAGCAGAAAGUGUCGGGGCCGCGCAUCGACGGACGCCGCAGCCCGACGCCGUCCGAUAGCGAGGCUUCGGACGACGAGGACGCGGAGGCGGCGCGCAAGGCCGCAGUGAACGCGGAGAUCCGGCGCGUGCUGACGGAGGUGCUGCUGAAGGUAACCGACGAAAUGCUUGUGGAGAUUGUCACGCAGGUUGUGGCAGAGGACGGGGCCGACGCCGAAGAUGAUGACGACGAGGAGCCGCUCACGCGGGAGAAAGCGCCCGCGGCCGCUCGAGCGGCUCCUCCGAAAGGGGCUGCAAUCGAGCCACCUCCGGUGCCCAAGGCCCCGGAAACGCUUGGCAGCGAUGACGACAGCGAUUCCGACGAGGGGGAAAACCCGCUCGGUUUGGCGUACGACACCGAUGAAGAAGAGGAGCGGCGGAAGCGGAAAGAGGAGCGGACGCUCGCGAGAGAGGCGGCCAGGAGAGAGAAAGCCGCCCAAGCGCAGGCAAUGGAAAGCGGUGUUGAGGGGGAAGAGGAGCUGCGAGAGAAGGAGAUCGGAGAUGAGAGUCUCGAGGAGGAUGACGGAAUAAGGACGUCGGUGGAAGAAGUUGAAGUUCCGACGGAAGAGGGGGAUGACUUAGCGAAAGUGGACGAGGCAGAAGCGCAGUUGGAUGCGUUGGGUGAGGCGAUGGCUAUUCCGGCGGUGUCAAAACCUGCCGGGGCAGCCACUGGGAAACCGCUUGACACUAGCGGGGAAGUCGGAGAGGGCACCCCGCAGGGGUUGCGAAUGACAGGUGGGCAGACGGGGGAGUUGUCAGGCGGCAAAGCUUCUGAGGAAGAGGGGCAAAACGCUUUGUCCAACCCUGAGGAAGCGGCUGAGAAAGCGGAAGCUAAUCUGGAGGGAUCAGGUUUGGGAAGGGAAGAAGAGACGGAAGCGAAAGGAAUGGACGGUGUGAAAGAAAAGGUCGAGGACGUCGGGGCUGUGGAUAAGCUUGGGGAGGUUGAGACGGGGUUAGAGAAUCACGACGGUGAGAGGAAGGAAGAGGAAAUGAAUGAUGAGAAGAAGAGGAGCGAUGGCAAUAGGAAAGAAGAGGGGAAAGUUGGGGAGAAGAAGAGAAGUGAGAGCAAGAGAGAAGGUCGAGCGAGCAAGGACGACGAACGGGCCGGCCGCAAAGAACGCGAGUCGAAGCACUCGGAAAGCGACCGGGAGAGGCGGAGAGACCGGGACAGCAAUCGGUCGAAAGAGCGGCACCGCUCGCGGGAGAGAGAGCGAGGCCACCGAGACUCCGAGGAACGGGAGAGGCGGAGAGAACUAGAGCGGGGGGAGCGCGGCGGGAGGGAGAAGGACCGUGGGGAGAGGGACGGGGAGCGGAGCGAACGAAGGAGCGGCAAAGAAAGAGAACAUGGGGAAAGAGACAAGGAAAGGCAUAGGAGCGACAGAGAUCGGGAGGGGCGAAGCGAGAGAAGGAGGGACGAGCGGAAGGAUGAUGAGGAGAAGCGCGGCGGCGAGGAGCGGCGGCGCGAGCAUCGGCGGGAGCGCGAAGAGGGGCGGUCGAGCCGGCGGGAGGACGACGGCAAGAAGCGCGAGCGAAGUCCCGAAGCAAAGGCGAGCAGGCGCCGUAGUCCCUCCCCUCCCAGAUCUGAAAGGUCACGCUCACCCGUCAGAGAAAGGUCAAAAUCUAGGGACAGGAAAUCCAGGCGACACUCCCCUUCAAAGAAUGACCGCCGGGAGUCGCCAGAGGAGAGGUCACGGAGACGGCGGUAGAGUACUUGACAGUCGCCAUGUUAAAGGUAUAGAUUGGAUGCUUCCUCUUGUUUGGCGCAAGAUCAAGAUUCUGAAAAGCAAUUCAUGCAGUGGGAACGUAUGCCAUGUGAAGGCCCCCUGACCCUGUUGAUUGUCUCACAUAUGUGCUAUUGUAAAGUGAUGUGACCUUAACGGCCUGACCUUUUGAG